ACAAUAAUACGUCUUUGUAGUUCCCACGCGGGCGGUCAGAUGGAGACACUUAGUGGGAGCGUAGUUUAACGCUAACGUUAGUUACCGAUCUCAACCAGAUAAAUUAGCUAGCUUAACGAUGGAGUUUUAAUGGCUAAUGCCCACUUCAGAGCGUCGUGUACACUUUUUCAGUCCUCAAAACAUCGAUGAGUGUGAGUGAUCGUCUCGGGCGACUCCCUGGCGAGGCCGUACGAAGCAGCCAUGUCGGUGACCGUCCAUGAGAAUCGCAAGUCCCGCACCAGCACGGGCUCCAUGAACAUCUCGCUGUUCCACAAGCCUUCACACCCCGACAGCGUCCUGACCCAACUGAACACGCUGAGAAAGCAGUGCAUGUUCACUGACGUCACGUUGUGGGCAGGGGAUCGCUCCUUUCCGUGCCACAGGGUUGUCCUGGCUGCGUGCAGCAGGUAUUUUGAGGCCAUGUUCAGUGGAGGGCUUCGAGAGAGUCUGGACAGCGACGUCAAUUUCCGAGACAGCAUUCACCCCGAGGUCCUGGAGCUCCUGCUGGACUUUGCCUAUUCGUCUCGAGUCAUCAUCAACGAGGAGAACGCUGAGUCGCUGCUGGAGGCCGGUGACAUGCUGCAGUUCCACGACAUUCGGGACGCUGCAGCUGAGUUUUUGGAAAAGAACCUGCACUCCUCCAACUGCCUGGGGAUGAUGCUGCUGUCAGACGCCCAUCAGUGCAAAAGGCUGUACGAGCUGUCGUGGAGGAUGUGUCUGUUACACUAUGAGACGGUAAGAGAAUCUGAGGAUUUCUACAGUCUCUCUAAAGAUAAGCUGCUGGAGCUCAUCCUCAGCGACGAGCUGGAGAUAGAAGAUGAAGAGGUCGUGUUCAGCUCUGUGAUGCGGUGGCUUCGGUACGACCUGGAGGGUCGACGUCACCAUUUACCGGAGCUGCUGAGAGGCAUCAGGCUGGCUCUGCUGCCAUCUGAGUGUCUGCUGGAGGCCGUGGCUUGUGAAGAGCUGGUCAUGGCAGACAAAAGGAGCAGGUCAAUAGUAGAAGAGGCAAUGCAGUGUAAGAAGAAAAUCCUUCAGAACGAUGGAGUAGUGACCAGUCCCUGUGCUCGACCACGUAAGGCCGGCCACACGCUGCUCAUACUGGGAGGCCAGACCUUUAUGUGUGACAAGAUAUACCAGGUCGACCACAAAGCCAAGGAGAUCAUUCCCAAGGCGGACCUCCCCAGCCCCAGAAAGGAGUUCAGUGCAUGCGCCAUCGGCUGUAAGGUUUACGUCACUGGAGGACGAGGGUCGGAGAAUGGAGUCUCCAAAGACGUCUGGAUCUAUGACACCGUCCACGAAGAGUGGUCUAAAGGAGCACCCAUGCUAAUAGCCAGGUUCGGCCAUGGAUCAGCCGAGCUGGAGAAUAGUCUCUACGUCGUUGGAGGUCAUACAGCCAUAGCGGGAGUUUUUCCCGCUUCUCCAUCUGUCUCCCUAAAACAGGUGGAGAGAUAUGACCCCCUCAGCAAUAAAUGGACUAUGAUGGCUCCUCUGAGGGAUGGAGUGAGCAACGCUGCUGUGGUCAGUGCCAAACUCAAACUCUUUGUUUUCGGAGGGACAACCAUACACCGAGACAAAGCCUCCAAGGUCCAAUGCUACGACCCCGCGGCUAACCGCUGGAAUAUCGCAGCCGAAUGCCCUCAGCCGUGGCGCUACACGGCGGCCGCCGUCCUAGGCAGCCAGAUCUUCAUCAUGGGCGGCGACACCGAAUUCACCGCCGUCUCCGCCUACCGCUUCGACUGCGACACCAACCAGUGGACCCGAGUCGGGGACAUGACCUCAAAGCGGAUGAGCUGCCACGCCGUGGCCUCGGGGAACAAGCUGUACGUGGUCGGCGGUUACUUCGGGACACAGCGGUGUAAAACGUUGGACUGCUAUGACCCCACGUCAGACAGCUGGAACUCCAUCACCACUGUGCCUUACUCGCUCAUCCCCACUGCCUUCGUCAGCACGUGGAAGCACCUACCUGCCUAACUGGACACCCCAGGAUCCAAUUGUUCCAGGCAGCGAUUUUCCGCUGGCUGGAGGAGGAGCUUCUGCAGGCAGCGGGCAGCUGGACACAGGACCAAUCCCAAAAGCUGGACCUCACGGACUGGAUCAGCCCUGAGCACAGCACAGUGUGAUGGAGCGCCGUACAUCGCUGAGUGCUUUUUUUAUGUCAAGAGGAUUGUGUGAAUGCGUGAUUCUUCAAUGUCUUAUUUGGGAAAUUCACUAUUUUUUCUCCUUUUUCUUUCAUGUGCUUUUAAAACUACCAAGGGAGAAUAUUAGAUUUUCUUUCCGCUUGGGAGGUGUAAAUGAAAUAUUCCCAGGGGGGUGCCGAAUGUGUAGGUUUCUAUUACAGAGCCUCUUUGGGUGCAUUAGAAAUGUACAGUUUGCACAAUGAGGAAAAUGCUGACAGAGUUCUGUACAGCAGACUCUUUAAAGUGGGAUAAAAGUCCACCACGAAAGAGCCGUCUCACAAUGACGACUUUUAGGACAGUAUUCCAAACUCAACCGAACUUAAAACAAAACGCUGCAUGAUUAAUACUGAUCAAAGUAUUGAUGGCUGCAGUAAGACCAGUUAAAUAUAACGAAAUAAGAUAUUGCACUGUAGAAUGGAUGCUGGUGCUUUAUUAGGAGUUUAUCCGUAACCAUGAAAGGAUUUGUUGGCAUCCGAUCUUCUGACCUCUGAGGAAAAAACUCACCCUGACCCAGGGCCAAUAGAGACAGAGCACACGAGGUCACACUACACCACGCCCACUGAAAUUGUUAGCUAAUAUGGCUAACAUGCUAACGUUACGACUCCUGUAAUUGUAAAGAAGUCUUCGAGUCAAUGACUUGAUCUACACGAGUUUAUGGUCCGUCUCUGGUUUCAUGAAGCGAGGAUGCUUUAGGGACGCUUCUUUAGGUCCCUGGUGCUAUUUUUCAGUAAUGCCUUUCAGUUGUGAUGACAAAGCAUCCCUUUCUACCAGAGAGGAAAAGGAGCUACUUAUAUCAGAACAUUAAGUUUCAAACUCAUAACGAAUCAUUUCAAUAAAAUGGCUAAUUUGAGAAAACAAAUCCAGUCUACAACGGACAAAGUAAGUAAAUUCUACUGGAUAAAGAAUCUCUCUUUCUUGGUUGCGCUCGGUCUCUAUAAACUAACUAGGGAAUGGCGAGUUCUUCUCGAAGGCGUGAUUGGAACCGUAGUGUUAACACUAAGUAUUUCAACGUAAUGUAUCCCUUUUGGGGGCCAAGGCUGCAUCAAACAAAGGAACAAGUAUCUUCAAGUCUUACAUGUAGCAGAUGUCUGCUGGUAGCUGCUGUAACCUGGACCGCCCCAAAAAAACGUUAAAACGCUAAUUCUUCCUUUAAAAACAUUGUUUUCCAAUCUAUUCCUAAUGUGUUUACUUCCUAAAAUAUUACAGUAAAAUGUGAGAUGAUCUGUGGAUUAAAUUAAAAUGCACAAAUGGCAGAUCAGAACGUCUUAAGUUGCAGGUACGCUGCUGGUAAAGGAACACGAGGCCGUGGAAGGCUUCAACUCCAUAUGUUGGUUUUAAGUGGACGUGCACAACGUGUCCUGCAGAACGCUUCACUACCACAGACCCGUUUUGAAGCAGGAGCUGAUCCCUAAACUGAAUGAUGUGAAAUGUCAUUUCUCUUUAACACCUAUGCACUUUUGAUAUUGAUCAAUGCAUUCGAUAGCUGUGGCGUCUUUGUCUUAGAGGUGUGGAAUGUUUGCUGCACACCAGCUGUCACUAUACGGCCAGAAGCUUGGGCCACAACGGACCAACAAGAAUUGUGCAGGACACUGUCACAGAGACUAUGCUUCAAAGUCACCUUGCCAAGCGUCAGAAGAGCCGGGGUGAGGAGGCUGCACGGAGAGAUCUUGGAUUGAAGAGAUGCCCCGAAAGACUGCAUAUUUUUUUCUGAAGUAGUGAAAGUGUUUUUGAGUAAACGCAAGGCUUUUAAACGAUGUGGAAAAACGGAAGGAAUUUUUUAGGAAAAAAUAUUCAGAUGGUGUGUGUUUUUAACGGUGAAAAUAAACUCACUUUUUGAA